UAUGUGCCUUGAAGACCAGAAUAAGAAAACAAGAGAAGUGAAAACCUUCAGCUGUGUUUCCAAAAUGAAUUCCUUCCUGUUUAUUUUCACCACUUUCUUAGUUAUUCUACCUGUUGAUAAUGGCAAUCCAAUGCAGCUGACAUUGCUUGGACCACAUCACCCAGUCACUGCCUCUCUGAGGGAGACCAUUGUGCUACACUGUCACCUGUCCCCCAGAACAAAUGUCCAGAAUAUGGAGAUUACUUGGUUCCGCUCCACAAAUUCUUCAUAUGUACACCUUUAUCGCAGUGGCAAAGAUCAUCUGGAACGGCAGCAGCCAGAAUACCAAGGAAGAACAGAAUUUUUAAAAGAUGGCAUUGGGGAUGGAAAGAUUGGGCUGAAGAUUUUUAACAUUAGCCUAUUUGAUGAGGGACACUACCACUGCUCUGUUAAGAAUGGGAGUUUCCAACAGGAAGCCACAUUAGAUAUGAAAGUGACUGCAUCAGGGCCUGCUCCUCUCCUUUCCAUUGAAGGUUAUCAGGACAGAGGGAUCCGGGUGGUUUGUCGUUCCAGUGGCUGGUAUCCAAAGCCUGAGAUCCUGUGGAGAGAGCUCAGUGGGAAUCUUCUAUCUUCGUUGGCAAAAAAAGAUUCACAAAGAAAUGAUGGGACAUUCGAUGUACAAGCUGACAUCAUUCUAAAAGGGAGUUCAAACUUGACUUGUGUCAUUAGAAACAGCCUCCUUGAUUUGGAAAAGGAGUCAACCGUUCACAUAACAAAUCACUUGUUCCCCAAAAUGUCAUCCUGGAUAGUAGCUCUGUGUUUUUCCCUAAUGGCUAUGGUUGGAUUUGCUAUAUUUACUUUUUACCUACUGAACAAAUACAGAAAGCUGGUCACUGAACUGAAUUGGAGGAACAUGGUGAUACCAAUAGAAAAAGGUUGGUGGCUGUCGUGUUUGUUAUCACUCCAAAAUGUAAAUUCCAUCAUCAUUGAGCUAAUCUGUGAAACUGAAUAUUUU